ACACAACACCCUGUCCCCCGCGGCGCGCAUUCCUUUCUCUGUGCAAACCGACGCGUUUUUCACCUCAACUCCUCUUCCUCGAGCUUCUGCGCGACUCAUACCACGCAAUGGCAUCUCCCAGACUGAUCGAUCGCGCCGAGCCGGCCGUCGUUACGCACACGCACGCGCCGGUGCGAAGGUCGCGACUGCCCGCGGCGCUGCGCAUCCCAAUACUCGUCGUGCUCAACAUGGGCAUCAACACGGCGCUGUGGUCGUUCGUCUCCAACUUCCUGAGCCCAGAGCUGGGGGCCGUCAGCAAGGUGCCACAUGAGACGGACAACUGGUCUUUGUACUCGCCCGGCGCGCGGGUUGCGAUGCGCGUCCUGACCCUGUGGAUGCAGUGGUACUUCAACUACGACUUCUACGAUGUCGCUGCGCUCUCCGUCUUGACACAGGCGCCCUAUGCUUACCUCCUAAACACCUACUAUGAAAUCUCUACCCUCACCGUCGCGGCGCAUAUGAACAUCGAGGUCCUCUCCAUGGCUAUCCCGACGUUCCUCCUGCGCCCACGCGCUGCCAUCCACGACAGGCGCGCGCCGCUGCGCAACCGUUACCUACUCGACAGUGCGCAGGUGCAGCUGUCCACCUCGCUGCUGGCUAUGGGUGUAUAUGGCGUCGUGUUCUGGGCAGGCCUCCAGACCGGACUCCUCAACGUGUUCCUAGUGCGUUUCUUCGACAUCCCCACGCUCGAAGCCGCAUACAACGAAACACCCCUGUCCAUCUGCAGCAAGAUCUUCACCGCCGGCUUCGCCGCGAAAAGCUUCCUACUCAACCCUUCCAUGGCCGCGCAGUCACCCACCGCCACGCCUGUUGAAGUCUUCGAUCCCGCGAGCGCAACCUUCACGCAGACUGUAAAGCACAACUUCUGGUUCUUCAGCAGGAGGACUAGGACGCUCAUCCAGCAGACGCUCGUUUUGAACGCGUUUGUCUUCCUGAACUUGGUGCAGAGGCUGAUGACGCUUGACGGUACGGAGUAUAUUGGCGCCGCGGGCUAUGCGAGCGUUUGGGUGGCGGCGAACUCUAUCAUCGCAGCGUGGUAUGCGUGGGUGGGUAAUACGAGCGUCGAUUACGAGCCGUUGUAGUGGUCUUGCAGUGUAGCGUCAAAGUUUCACGUUGGAGAUAAAGAGAGAGAGAGAGAGUGCUGAGUUUGUCCAAGAGAUGAGGGCGCAACCAGCGCGAAUCGAGAGACGCGGGUGGCAGAGGAAAGGGCGAAGAGGACGGCGUAUACGACGGCGCCAGUUUGAUCUUGGACGUGUUUUUGCAGUCGCCAUGUAUCCUAUCUUGUUCUGUCUUGUCGCAUUUGGGAUCGGAGCCAUUGGGUCAUGCAUAUUUGUUUUCUUCUUCCCUUUCAAAUCAUAUCAUGUCAAUUCAAGUCGAGUAAAGUAGUAAAAUCAAAUCCAACAAUCCAAAUCC